UCGUCUGUCUCAAAGUGUCAUUCUUAAGAGAAAUUAGAGCAUUCUGCUAUUUGUUUUGUGUUUUAAAUUGUGAAUUUCUAUCAAUUAUUGUUGCAAUUACUGAUAUUAUACACUGUGUAAAUACUUUACUUGCUAAUCAUUAAAGAUCAAAGUAUUGAGUGAAAAAUAUAUAUUUCAAGUCUCAAAAUGAGCUUCACUGCAGAAGAUGUUUUGGAAGAUAGAAUUGCUGAAUUGGAGAAGAGAAUUUAUGGUUUAGACAUGAAAAAAGGAAUAGAAACCUCGUUGCCAGACAGCAGCAUUAUAGAUAAUUAUAAUUCUGCUUAUACGCUGAUAACCUCAGCCUUGUCGGGCAGAGAAAAAAUUAAUUCACUUAUUCAACGAUUACCAGAACUAGAGAGCUUCACAGAAACUGAUUUUGAACCAUCCGAUUUAAAUACAGAUAUGAAAGUAGAAUAUAUUUUAGCAGUAGAACCAGAAAUAAGACAAACCGUAGAACAAUUUAAUCAAUUAAAAGAGUUGCUGUCAGUGCUGGAUAGUAAUUCUUUGUCAAAUUUACCAGAAAUGGAAGAGAGACUGCAUAAAGUAUCAUUAAAAUAUAUUGAAAUUGCAGAUGACGUAGAGCAAGUAAAUAGUGAAACCAGGGAAAUGAUAUCCAGGUACAACGAAAUUAUGUUGAAUAUUUCCAAAACAUUAAUUAUUUUAGACGAUGAAGUAUCUAAAUUUGAAAAAGCGGCUGAGCCCAAGAAAAUAUUGGAUUAAAUAAAUAUAACGCCUUAGUUUGUAAGAAUGAGAUUAUAUUUUAACAGUGUUAUAAUAAUUAAAUACCUUGGUUUUACAA